UGAAACCUCAGAAGCGUCUCUGGGCAGCUGUGGGGAGGGAAAGGGGCAGCAAAUUGGCCGCCUCUUAAAGGAUUAAGGUAGCCACAAUGGUAAACAAUCUGUCCUGUUUCUUUUCUUUUGCAGUCGCCCUCUGUGUCCUGCAGCCAGAAGGCCAGGCGACAGCAGAAUCUGACUACCUGGGAAACAACAGUCGGCACCAGAGGACCAAGCGAUGUUCUUGUACCAGCUGGAUAGACAAGGAGUGCAUCUAUUUCUGCCAUCUUGGUAUCAUCUGGAUCAACACACCAAGCCACUCUGUACCUUAUGGGCUGGGAAGUCCUAAAGCACGAAAGAAGAGGUCCCUCCCCACAUGUGAGUGCUCACAUUUCAAGGACACCAUCUGUGCAACUUUCUGUCAUGGCAAUCCUCAAGAUCCCCCGAAAGUUCAGCUGCCCAUGGAUACAGGAAUGUUGGCAAAGCUUCAUCAGAGCAGAAAUCCCAAGCUUGACAAGUUAAACUUUGGAAAGUUUUCAGGCCAGGCGACAGCAGAAUCCCACCACCUAGCAAUCAAUAGUCAGCACCAGAGGACCAAAAGAUGUUCUUGUGCCAGCUUAAUGGACAAGGAGUGCCUCUAUUACUGCCAUCAAGGUAUCAUCUGGCUCAACACAGCAAGAAAUCCCCCCAAAAUUCAGCUGCCCAAGGACACAGGAAUGUUGGCAAAGCUUCGUUCACAGCAGAAAUCCCAAGCUUGACAAGUUGAACUUCGGAAAGUUUUCAGGAUCUUAUUCUUUCUGGAACUGAAUUUUCUAGAAAACUCUCUCCAAGAUAUCACAGUCUUCCACGGGAAAAGAGCUUCCUGAAGAUAAAGGGAUCUUUAUCUUUAUCUCCUUGUCUUAGUGAAUGGAGUCCUCCAUUUUCAAAGGUGCUCCUCUAUUAAGGAGUCAAAGGACAUUGAGGGAGAAGAAGGAAAAGUCUACAAAAAGCUGGGACUGGGAUGAACAAGGAGCACCAUUGCCAAUGGAACAGUUCCCCUGUUAUUCCAAAGAUCGUACUGAACAGGAGAAAACAUCUCUCCCUUUUUCUCCUGCUCCUUGAUAUUGCUCCUCCUCCUGUGCCUCUUUGUUGGGUGAAGAUUGUCCAUGGGGUUCCCAGAAAAUGCCCAGGUGGAGAACUGGCAUUUUAUGCAUCCAGAAGUAUUUGGGGGAAACGCAGUAUGUACAACCUCAAAUGUGACAAUACAAUGAAAGUCCUUCCCACCCAUUUCACUAGAACUUGUUUAUGCUGUUCUGGCAUUUGAUUUUAGAGGGAGUUUGCUUGUGGGGAUUAAACAGCUUCCCCCAAGACUGUCCUGUCCAAAUUCCUCUUUAUUUUUCUGUCAAUGCAGGUAGUCUUCAACUUACGACCACAGUUGAGCCCCACGUCUGUUGCUAAGCAAGACGGCUGUUAAAUGAGUUUUGCCCCAUUUUACGAUCUUUCUUGCCACAGUUGUUCAGUGAAUCACUUAAAUGGCUAAAUUAGUAAUACAGUUGUUAAGUGAAUCUGGUUUCUCCAUUGACUUUGCUUGUCAGAAGGUCGCAAAAGGGGAUCACGACCGUCUUAAAUGUGAGUCAAGUGUCAAGCAUCCGAAUGUAAAUCAUGUGACCCUGGGGAUGCUGCAAUGGUCAUAAGUUUGAAAAAUGAUCAUAAGUCACUUUUUUCAUUGUAAUUUCCAACGCUUACUAAACAAACAAACUGUUGUAAGAUGAGGACUACCUGUACAGAUUUGGGAAUGAGACAGAUGCAACCUUCUUUGGGGUACCUUCUUUUCUCCCAAGCCAAAAAAAUACAAGGGGAAGGGGGAGCUAAGUGGAGUAUUCCUUAUUUAAAAUGUCAUAAGGGAUCAAGAAUAGUUUAACCAGGUUAAUUGCCACAACUUCACUUAAGAGUCUAGGCCUCAUGUCCAUAUUUUUGUAUUAUAACAAAAGUCCAUCAAAGAUUGUUCAUUCGCUCUAUGAGACUUUUUUUUAAAGUUGAUUCAGGAAACAAGCAUUUCAUCUCAUUUUCAUUGAAGGGAAUUCCUUCCUUGUCUAAAUCACAGGACACUUUAGCUCCUUUCCUUACAAGGUUUAGCUUUGGUUAUGAACCAUAAUGUCCAAAGAAACACGUGGUGGGAUAUGCAAUCUGGCUGAGAAGCUCUUGUCCUAGCUUGUUUCUAUGGUGAUUGUGGUUUAAAAGUUCUCUCUCUGUAUAGCUCUUUAAAAAUAUUGCUUCAAAUGUUUGUCUUGUAUAUGACUGCAUCGAGCACAAUGUAUAUUUUUCUAAAAUCCAAGAAGGUCUGUUUUACUUUUGCACUUGAGCAGAUUUUGUUCAGUCUCAAAAAAAAAAAAAAAAAUCUACUUCCUCGCACAAAAAUUAGUAAAAGGGCCUCAUUCUGUACAUUCCUAGAUUUAUGCAACAAAGGAUGUUAUGGAAAAAUGAACUUAUCUGCCAUCUCCCUUUGUCCAUAUUUGAUGCACCUUCUUUAUGUAGCAUUCCAAUGCUUGACUAGACGUGUAGAUAUAUGUAGAUAUAUUUAUUUUUCAAACUUUUUUUUACUCUAAAAUACAAACUUUUAUUUGUAAAAAAUAAAAAUAAAAAUCCCAAACCAA